AUGUCCUUCAUUCGACCAAUGUAUUUCGUGUACAUCGAGACGUAUUGCAAGGUCAAGAAGGCAGGAGCGUUUGCGACCUCGGGCAACGACGCUAACUGGCACCGGGCGGUAUCAGUGCUCUUGAUUGGGAGUCUGCAGGCUUUUAAGUCGUUGCGCAUGACCAUGCUCGGUGGUCCUGCAGCUGAUUGA